GGUUACUAUCGAUUGAGUGAGAAUUGAGAUUUGACAUUAUUGAUAAGAAGUUGUCAAAUAGAUAAUAAAACCAAAUAAAAGUGAUCAAAACAGCAAUUUCAAUGGAAUAAUUAUAACAGUUCCGUUCUCGCUGUACCACGAUAGUAACUAUGUCAUCAGAAUCGGGUCAAGAUCAGAAGAUCGACGUAAUGUUGGGCUUAAAAAAAGUAUUGUCACAAAUUGAGGGUGCGGUGGCCAGGCGCAGUAAAGACCUGCCACAAGUUAUGCCAAGGUUAGUAGCUGUCUCAAAGAUAAAACCUGCUUCGUUGAUUGUUGAAGCUUAUGAGGCUGGCCAGCGCCAUUUUGGGGAGAAUUAUGUCAACGAGUUAGCUGAUAAAGCAAGUGACCCUCUCAUUCUAGAGAAAUGCAAGGAUAUUAAAUGGCAUUUCAUUGGCCAUUUGCAAACCAACAAAAUAAAUAAACUUCUUAGUUCCCCGCAACUAUUUAUGAUACAGACGGUUCAUUCUGAGAAGUUAGCUGACAAUUUGAACAAGCAAUGGCCGAAAUAUAGAAAAAAUGAGGAAAAAUUGCCUGUGUUUGUACAGAUCAAUACUAGUGCUGAAGAAGCUAAAAAUGGAAUUGAGCCGUCUGAAACAACAAGAGUGGUUGAGCAUGUCCUGAAAAACUGUCCGAACCUGGAUUUCAAAGGAUUGAUGACAAUUGGAAUGUACGACUAUGAUGUGACUAAAAUCACAAACCCAGAUUUCCUAUGCCUCGCUAAAUGUAGACAGGAAGUUUGUGAAAAUUUGAACCUUGAUAUAAAUAACGUGGAAUUAUCUAUGGGGAUGUCUGGUGAUUUUGAACAGGCUAUUGAACUUGGAGCUACUACAGUUCGUGUUGGUUCAGUAAUUUUUGGUGCUAGGCCACCAAAACCAUGGUAAAAGUAUAUUUGCUAUAUAAAUAGGGAUGUUGACAAUAUUUAGGACUACAGAUUUAAAGUGUAUGUUUUUUAAGUGGAAAUUCGAAUACAAAACCGUUUCUUUAUGAUUUACCUAGGUUAGGUGUUACCUACUUUUUAUUGUUUUUAAUUUAUUAAUGAAUUACUUACGCCUUUUAUACUUUAACAAUAGUAUAUUUCAUCAUCAUCAUCAUCCUAGCGUUGUCCCGGUUGCCCUUCCGGGCCCGGGGUCCGCUUUCCUGCUACUUCUCCUCCACUUCGCUAUGUACACAAUAGUAUAUUUAUUAAACCAUAAUUCCCUGCUAUGUUAGAAAUAUGACAAUCUUUACAUAUUUCCGUGAUUAAUGUCAGUCAUCAUCCCUAUUACAAAGAAUAAUAUAUUUAAUAGACAAUAACAGCCAUAAGCUGAAUUUAUCUUCAAUGUUAAUGUUGUUUUUUCUUGAAUGUUAUUAAUUAAUAAAUGUGAUAGUAAACGGGCUUCCAAACUUG